GGUCAAUGUUGCGCCAGGUAGGGGAAUGAUAGUGAGCGAUACCGAGUCUAGCUUUCUCUGCUUCUUCUUCUUCCUCCCCGGAUCAAAAAAGCUUUUCGUGCAUCUCUCGUGUUCUCAAAAUCUUCGAAAAUGUUGGGUAGGCUCGCUGCGAAGCGUCUUCUUGAGAUCCGUCAAGUUUUCCGUCAACCACCCUCUCAGGCGUCUCGUAUCUUUUCAACAGCCUUAAACUACCACCUGGAUUCUCCUGAUAACAAACCGGAUCUUCCAUGGGAGUUUUCAGAGGCCAACAAAUCCAAGGUUAAGGAGAUACUCUCUUACUACCCAUCAAACUACAAGCAGUCUGCAGUGAUCCCUCUUCUUGAUCUUGCACAACAACAGCAUGGUGGCUGGCUCCCUGUUUCAGCAAUGAAUGCGGUUGCAAAAGUUAUAGAAGUUGCUCCUAUCCGUGUUUAUGAGGUUGCAACCUUCUACUCAAUGUUCAACAGGGCAAAGGUCGGAAAGUACCACCUGCUAGUUUGUGGCACAACACCUUGCAUGAUCCGUGGUUCACGAGAGAUCGAAUCAGCUUUGCUAGACCAUUUGGGAGUGAAGCGCGGUGAAGUCACAAAAGAUGGUUUGUUCUCUGUUGGAGAGAUGGAAUGCAUGGGAUGCUGUGUGAAUGCGCCCAUGAUCACUGUGGCGGAUUAUUCCAAUGGAUCAGAAGGAUACACAUAUAACUAUUUCGAAGAUGUUACACCUGAGAAAGUUGUAGAGAUCGUUGAGAAGCUGAGAAAAGGAGAAAAGCCACCGCAUGGAACUCAAAACCCGAAGAGGAUCAAGUGCGGACCUGAAGGAGGAAACAAGACACUGCUCGGCGAACCAAAGCCACCACAGUUCCGUGAUCUUGACGCUUGCUAAGCUAAGUUAUUUAAGCCGCCGGUUCUAUGUGGUUCAAAUAAUGCAAAAGGCUAUAGUGAUGUUUGAAGCCUAUAGCAUGAGAUUUGAGUUUGCAUACUCUUUGUAGUCUUCUUGAUUUGAAAUUUUAGACGCCGUUUUAAAACGAAUAAAAGCAUUUCUUUUGUUAUCA